GCCGGAGUGACUCCAAGAGGGGAGGGAAAAAAGAGAGAGAGGGCGAGAGAGAGAGAGAGAGUUCAGUCACCACGUCGGACGGGAGGACGCGCAAAGUAUUUCUCGAAUGGGCUCGGCUUUCCCUGUGCCUGUUUAAAACAUUAACAUUCGUGCAGCGGAGGAGGCUGCGUGUGCCGGGCCCUCCCUCCCUCCCUCCCUCCCUCCUUCCCUCCCUGCUUCCCUCCCUCCCUCCCUCUCCCACCCCCACCCCAGGCCCCAGACGUCAUGGGAGGGAGGUAUAAAAUUUCAGCAGAGAGAAAUAGAGAAAGCAGUGUGUGUGUAUGUGUGUGUGUGCAUGUGUGCGAGAGAGAGAGAGAGAGAGAGAGAGAGAGAGAGAGAGAGAGAGAGAGAGAGAGAGAGAGAGAGAGAGAGAGAGAGAGAGAGAAGAGAGAGGCUCAGCGCCAAGUUCAAGGGAAUUGAGCCUGAGAGGGGAGAGGAGGAGACGGGGCCAGAAGAAGAUGGGGACGCAGGAAUAAGGCGCUUUCCGGCGUGGACUGCAGUGAACUGCCUUCUGUUUUCUUUUCCUCCUGAUUUUUUUUUAAUUUAUUUUUUUAAAGAGAAGCCAGGGACAGAAGCUAUGGCCGAGGGAGAAGACCAGCUGGGAUGCUGGUGACGGCGGUGGCGGCUCAGUGGAUUGGGGGGGGCUGUACUCCGGAGGCCUGCCCAACUUCCCCAGCCACUGCACACAACCCCGCAUCCCAGCCAAUGAAGACGGGAGGCCGCGUGAACAGAGUCCUUUAGAAAGCCCCCGGGGAAGUGUAAACAAAAGGAAAAGCAUGAAUGGAGAGACAAGUGUGUUCCGCACUGCCCCCACCUUUAGCUGGGCCAGCGGCCGCCUGUCCCUCCCUCUCCACACCUACUCACUGGUGAUCUGACUGUUUGGUUGUUUUGUUGUUGUUGUUUUGUUUUUGUUUUUAAACCAUUCCCCCUCCCCUAUGCUCCCCCCCAUUCCCUCUUCUUAUUCUCCAUCAGCGCUAGGCAAACCGUUUGAUUUGGGGAGCCCCCAGCCAUUGGUCCUUCUGCGCCUUCUUUAAAAGACCCACUUUCUCCCCAUCGCCAGGCUGGUGUUUGGCAAUAUCAGAUAUCCGCUCUAUUUAUUUUUACCUAAGGAAAAACUCCAGCUCCCUUCCCACUCCCAGCUGCCUUGCCACCCCUCCCAGCCCUCUGCUUGCCCUCCACCUGGCCUGCCGGGACUCAGAGCCCAGCAAAACCUGUUUAGACACAUGGACAAGAAUCCCAGCGCGCCUCGGCACACAGUCCGUUUCUUCGUCCUCAGGGUAACCAGCGCUUCCUGGAAGUCUUGAAGUUCUCGCAGUGCAGUGAGUUCAUGCACCCUUUUGCCAAGCCUCAGUCUUUGGGAUCUGGGGAGGCCGCCUGGUUUUCCUCCCUCUUUCUGCACGUCUGCUGGGGUCUCCUCUUCGCCAGGCCCGGCUGUCCCCCCCUGGCCCCUCUCCCCGGCUCGCCCAUGAAGAUGUACUUGCAAAGGGCUCUGGUGGUCCUGGCCCUGCUGGACUUCGCCACGGUCAGCCUCUCCCUGUCCACUUGCACCACUUUGGACUUCGGCCACAUCAAGAAAAAGAGGGUGGAAGCCAUUAGGGGACAGAUCUUGAGCAAGCUCAGGCUCACCAGCCCCCCUGAGCCAUCGGUGAUGACCCACGUCCCCUAUCAGGUCCUGGCACUUUACAAUAGCACCCGGGAAUUGCUGGAAGAGAUGCAGGGGGAGAGGGAAGAAGGCUGCACUCAGGAAAACACCGAGUCGGAAUACUAUGCCAAAGAGAUCCAUAAAUUCGACAUGAUCCAGGGGUUGGCGGAGCACAAUGAGCUGGCCGUCUGUCCCAAAGGAAUUACCUCCAAGGUUUUUCGCUUCAAUGUGUCCUCAGUGGAGAAAAAUGGAACCAAUCUGUUUCGAGCCGAGUUCCGGGUCUUGCGGGUGCCUAACCCCAGCUCUAAGCGCACGGAACAGAGGAUUGAGCUCUUCCAGAUCCUUCGGCCAGAUGAGCACAUCGCCAAGCAGCGCUACAUUGGUGGCAAGAAUCUGCCCACUCGGGGCACUGCUGAGUGGCUGUCUUUUGAUGUCACUGACACAGUGCGUGAGUGGCUGUUACGGAGAGAGUCCAACUUAGGUUUGGAAAUCAGCAUUCAUUGUCCAUGUCACACCUUUCAACCCAAUGGAGACAUCCUGGAAAACGUUCAUGAGGUGAUGGAAAUCAAAUUCAAAGGGGUGGACAACGAGGAUGACCAUGGCCGUGGAGACUUGGGACGCCUCAAGAAGCAGAAGGACCAUCACAACCCGCAUCUGAUCCUUAUGAUGAUUCCCCCACACCGGCUCGACAACCCAGGCCAGGGGGGUCAGAGGAAAAAGCGGGCCCUGGACACCAACUACUGCUUCCGCAACUUGGAGGAGAAUUGCUGUGUGCGCCCUCUCUACAUUGACUUCCGACAGGAUCUGGGCUGGAAGUGGGUCCACGAACCUAAGGGCUACUACGCCAACUUCUGCUCAGGCCCCUGCCCGUACCUCCGCAGCACAGACACAACCCACAGCACGGUGCUGGGGCUGUACAACACCCUGAACCCUGAAGCAUCUGCCUCACCCUGUUGCGUGCCCCAGGACUUGGAGCCCCUGACCAUUCUGUACUACGUAGGGAGGACCCCCAAGGUGGAGCAGCUCUCCAACAUGGUGGUGAAGUCCUGUAAGUGCAGUUGAGGCCCAGUCUGCGACAGAGAAGGGAGAUCUGCCAAUGCUGACUGCCCCGCUCCUUGGGAAACCAAAGCGACAGACCUCACCUAGAGGCCUGGAGCCCACAACCCUUGGCUCCUGGUGAACGGCUGAAAUGAAGGCUUCCUUCUGGAACAUUCUCUUCUUGCUGGCUCUGAGAAUCACUGUGGUAAAGAAAGUGUGGAUUGGUUAGGGAAGUGAACUCGUUGAGGACACAGUACUUCUGUGGUGCAGUCAGAGGCGAUGGGGUAGGGGAAGUGGGAUGGUAAGUGAACACGUCAUGUGCCAAUGGGAUUUGGGCCACCCUGGUGGGGCAGAAGGUGGCCAGACUGGAAGACAUGUUGGAUCUGUAGUUUGGCUUACUGGUGUGCCGUAUCUACUUUGGGGAAUCCAAUGAUGGUAUAGAAGGCAAGAUUUAAAAAAAAUUUUUUUUAAAACAGGUUACCAAGACAAAGUCCCAGAAUUGUAUCUUGCAUUACCUGGGAUUAAAGACAACUUUUUUUUUUUUAAUUUUUGCAAACUGUCUUCUCUCCAUCAGUCAGCAUCAUGGCUAUUACAGGUACUGCAGUGAGUUCCUGGGCCAAGCAACUCUAUUGGGCCCAUGGAGAUGCUCAACUCAGAAGCAAGGAUGGCAAUUAGCUUUCCUGUCUGCCCUCUGGGCCCCUCCUCCCACCUCCUUGGAUCAUAUUUCCCCUUGGAUGUUUGGCUAAGUACCUUCCAGGGCAGGGUGAACCUAUCUGGAUUCUGGGUCCAUGCAGCCUGGGCAUCAGGGAUUCCUCUUCUCUUGCCCCCAUGACCCUACGUGCCUUUGAUGUUUCUGGAAGCAGGUGCUACAUGUCAGGCACUUGGGGAGGCUGCACAUGUGCCACACAGUGACUUGGCCCCAGAUGCGUAGACUGAGGUAUAACAACCAUACAAAUUAUUACUCUCAAAACCUUUGUAUAAAUAAAUAUUUGGGGGGAAUUGUGGAUGAUUUCAUCUUCUGGGAGAUUGUUUCUAAAACAUAAAAACCUUUUCUAAGGUGAA